AUGUCGAUUGCGCAUGUGGCUCGGACUAAGUUUGUGGUGGAGGGCAGUCAACGCGACAUCGUGAGGUGCAGAUUUGUUAGCAUGUUUCCGAAUGAGUUUCUCUUUGCUUUGGCAUACUGCCGCAUGUGCCGCAUGCUACUGCGUGCCACUGAAGUGCGGAAGUGGGCAGGCUGCGACAAGGGUCUUGGCAUGACGCAGCAGUGCGAAGGCGAGCACUACUGCGGGAGGCUUGACUGCGAGUGGGGCCAAUGGAGCGAGUGGAGUGGCUGUACUUGCAGUUGUGACGGGGGACAGCAAACCAGAACGCGACACAUCGCUCGUGCCCCUCGCAAUGGCGGCUCGCCAUGUCAGGAGGGUGACAAGGAGCAAAUAGCGCCUUGCAAUACACAACCCUGUGGUGGAUCGCAAUGCCGAGAUGGGCAGCUAGACGCUUACUCCCACUCCCUGACUGUCCAGCUGCUCUAA